UCAGUCAUGUUUCUGUGUAGUAAUUGGUUAUGUAUUAUGAUUUUCACCUAGUUCAUUAAAGAUAUAUCUUACAGAUCACAAGGCAUCACAUAAUUUAAAGUAGUAUAGUAAUAGGUCUAAAAGUGAUUGUUUAAAUACGAUUGUUUAUUCUACUGCGAUUGUUUCGCAAUGCAACUAGGUACAUACAUUUGAGCAUAUUUCAAACGUAUGUGUAUCUGAUUGUAUUCAAAACAUUAUAACAAUGAGACCAUGAAAUAAUAAUUUGUGAUGUCGCAGUUAGGAGCGUAUUCGAAUGGAUGGGCGAUCGACACAACGCCCGUUGACCUAAGGAAUGAUAACGACUAUCACCCGGUGUUUAAAGCAUUCCUCGCGGGGUCUUUCUCCGGAACAUUUAGCACUAUUCUCUUCCAACCAUUGGACUUAGUGAAGACAAGGCUUCAGAAUCCAACUCAUAAUGUUGUUGCGACGACAGUCGACGGCCGAAUCCAACCCGGCAUGAUCACGACAUUCAUGAACAUAGUACGCCAGGAGCAUAUCGCGGGGUUAUGGCGGGGGAUGGUACCCUCGGUAGCCCGUUGCGUACCUGGUGUUGGACUCUACUUCUCAUCACUCCACUGGUUGCAGACCAAGUUGGGAAAGAACAGACAGGAUCUGACAGCUCUGGAGGCGAUAGGUCUGGGCGUUGUGGCUAGGACGAUGAGUGGCGUGGCGUUGAUACCGAUUACUGUUAUUAAGACCAGAUACGAGUCAGGCGUAUAUAAAUACAACAGUUUGAGCGGGGCUCUAAAGGCGAUAUACAAGGCGGAAGGCAUAAGAGGACUGUCAUGUGGGUUAGGACCGACCUUAGCAAGAGACGCACCUUUCUCUGGAUUGUAUCUCAUGUUCUACACUCAGACGAAACAGGCUGUACCUAAAGAAUGGCUCAAAUCACCGACGGCAGCGAGCGGCAUACAUUUCUCAUGCGGCGUGUUGGCGGGAAUUGCGGCGUCGCUGGUCACUAACCCGGCGGACGUGCUGAAAACGAACAUGCAGUUGUAUCCGGACAAGUUUCCGAACGCGUUUGGUGCUGCCAUGUAUGUUCAUCAGACAUAUGGAUUCCGUGGAUUUUUCAAAGGUGCGGUACCCAGGAUGGUUCGCAGAACUCUCAUGGCGGCAAUGGCGUGGACGGUAUUCGAACAAAUAACUCGAUCUAUUGGCUUAAAAUAAUUCUAAAUUCUCAGUUUUUGUUUGAAACACAAAGUGAGUUAGAGCAGGUAUAUGUUCCUAGAUUUUCAUUUACAAUUGUUUAUUUUAUGCUACUUUUAUCUGUAGUUUUUAACAGUUUAUUUACUCUGUGUUAUUUCUAUUAUUUCCUUCAUAUGUUCAUAUUUUAAGCCAUUAGAUGGGUUAAGACUAUUAAGUACCUUAUAUUGUUUUGUCGUUAUUUUCGUAGAAACUAGCUUAAGCCGCAAUUGUGAUAUUGUUAUCAAAUAAAUAUUUACAUUUAUGA